GUCAGUCCUCCGCUUCCUCUUCUUUGCAGUGGCACACGUCCCUAACUGAAAACAUCUCUUUCCUCUCCUAACCGAGCCGCACAUGUUAAACGGGUUGUGUCGUGGCUGUGGAAGCUGCUCGUUAGGCUUUGAACAACUCUUACAUGUCAGCCUGUGGUAGACUCACAGCCCCAGCGGCUCCCCGGCAGGCCUCUCCUCACACCGUGUGAGCAUCAGUCCUCACGCCGCGGUUGGGUGGGUCCGGCUCGGCCGCGGAGGAAGCAUGGCCCCGGUGCAUCGCUCGCCUCUGGUCCUAUAAUUCACAGCUACCACAACGGUGAUGGACUGUUAAACUUGGCUGUCAGGAUGAACGGCACUCAGCAGAGUGAUACCAAGAGACAGCACCUCCUGGAGAGGCUGCUGGAUGCUGUCAAACAGUGCCAAAUCCGCUUUGGAGGAAGAAAGGAGAUUGCCACAGACUCAGACAGCAGGGUGAUCUGCCUGUGUGCCCAGUUUGAAGCGGUGCUGCAGCAUGGCCUGAGGAAGAGCCGAGGUCUGGCUCUCACCGCCGCCGCUCUCAAGCAGGCCGCGGGCUUCAACAGCAAGACUGAAGCAGAGUUGACUUUCUGGUUCUAUGUGAAGGAGCAUCUGAACCGCCAUGAGCUCCAGCGGUUCUACUCCCUACAUCACAUCUCCUCCGAGCUGGGCCGCGGUCGAGCCUGGCUGCGCUGCGCCCUCAACGAGCACUCGCUGGAGCGCUACCUGCACACACUGCUGGCUGACCGCGUUCGCCUGGGAACUUACUAUGAAGACUGGGCCUUUAUUCUCGAUGAAGAGAGAGCGAGUAUGCUCCCCACCAUGGCUGCAGGUCUGAACUCCAUCCUGUUUGCCAUCAACAUCGACAACACUGACCUGAAUGGCGGGGUGGCGCAAAGGGGGGGGCCCUCGGUGUCCCACCUCCUCAAGGAGUCCACGCAGGGCAUCGGCAGCCUGUGGAAAGAGUCGACUCAGGGGGUCAGCAGCCUGCUGCGAGAGAUCAGCACUGCCACGGCUGCGGUGCCCGGCUUCUCCCCCAGAGGGGACGGGGCCUCAGACCCACUACCCGUCCUGCCACGCAGCAGCUCGGCUGACUCAGGGCUGAGGAAAGAGCGCAGGAGGAAAAAGAAAAUCACCAACAUUAUUUCCUUUGACGACGAUCUGGACGGAGGUGCGGAGGAUGAGGAGGAGGGAGAGGAGGACUCUCAGAAGAUGGGCCCGAUGAGGAAGAGCCUCACUGCUCCUACUCAGAGUAGUGUGGAGGAUGGAAUAGACCCUUUGGAGCCGGUCUUCUCUGAGUCGCCUGCCCAGAACGGCAUGGCUGAGCCGGGCAUAAUCAGCUGGGUGGGCUCCCCCCAUCCCUCUCGUACUCCACCCCCUACUACUCCUCCUCUGGCCGACAGUAAGAGUAUAGACAACGAGGAGGAGGAGGAGGAAGAGGAAGAGGAGGAGAUGUACAAACCCAGAGCACUAACCCAGGAGGAGGAGAGGAGAAGCAGCUCUGAUCAGGUGGUGGUAGGCAGCCUGUCCAGUGUGUCCACGUGGAGCCCCCUACAGGUGAUGACCGAACACAGGAGCUCGGACAUCCUCAUUCCUCUAAACCCCGCGGACUCUCAGCCAGUGAACUCUGUGGAGGACACAGCUGCAUUUCCUGCUCAGUGUGACUCAACAGAACCGGUGGGAAACUGUGAGAGCAACAGAUCGCAGCUAACAUUCAAUAUGGAGUCCAGUCCACCGGCGCAGUCUGCUCCGCUCUCCAGCGUGCUGCCAACAUCUGGUCUGCCAGACUCCAUGACAGUGGUGGAGCUGCGUCAGGCCAUCGUAGCCAUGAUGAACAGGAAGGACGAGCUGGAGGAACAAAACACGUCUCUUCGCAGUCUGCUGGAUGGGGAGAUGGAGCACUCAGCAGGCCUGAGGCAGGAAACUGAUCUGCUGAAGAGGAAGCUGGCAGAGCUGGAGGAGAGACACACAGCCAAGGUCCAGACACUGGCCAGGGAGAAUGAGGUCCUGAAGGUCCAGCUGAAGAAGUAUGUGGGGGCGGUGCAGAUGCUGAAGAGAGAGGGAAGCCAGGGCAAUGAUGCCAUGUCGAUGUUGAGGCCGAGUGAAGAGCAGGCUCCGGUCCCACAGAAUAAGUCCAUGGGUGACAUCGAGGAGCUGGCCGCCAGCUAUGAACGCAAACUCAUAGAGGUGGCCGAGAUGCACGGUGAGUUGAUAGAGUUUAAUGAGCGCCUGUACCGUUCCCUCAUGGCCAAAGACCACCUCAUUGUCCAGAUGAGACAGGAACUCAUUGACCUGAGAGGCCCGGUUCCAGGUGAUUUAAGCCAGACUUCAGAUGACCCCAGCCUGUCAGAUUUUGAGACGGCUCAUCGCGCUCUCAUCAACGUAUGGAUCCCCUCCGUGUUCCUGCAGGGCAGAGCUGCCAACGCCUACCACGUCUACCAGGUGUACAUCCGUAUCCUAGACAACGAGUGGAAUGUGUACAGGCGCUACACCGAGUUCAGGGAGCUCCACAACCACCUGAGGACCCAGUUUCCACAGGUGGACACCUUCAACUUCCCACCCAAGAAAGCCCUAGGGAACAAGGAUGCCAAGUUUGUGGAGGAGAGGAGGAAGCAGCUGCAGGGCUACCUUCGCACGGUGAUGAACAAACUGAUCCAGACGCUGCAGGAGUUCACAGCCCGCCCCACCAAAGAGACCCUGCUGUCUCUGCUGCCUUUCUGUCUAGACACUCCCCAGGCUAAUGACGGCGGAGCCAAGACGCCCCGGUCCAAAACUUCAUCCCGCUUUCCCAGACUGGGCCGCAGCCGCAACCAGGAAACCAGACCUGAACCCCAGAGUGGCGACCUUUAACCCCCCCAUCGGAGUCUCUGAACUAAUAAUCUCUCACUGUAUAGGCUCCGAGGACCAUGUUCCUGUAUCCACCUUGGACUGUGACACAGUGAGGACAUUAGGGGUGUCUAACGGACCUUCAAAGCCUUACAGAUAAAAGCCCUCAGUGGAGGUUUGGAGAUGGCUGCGUUCACAUCACAGGACUUUCUAGGAGAAAUGUAAAUGUGUCUGUGCAUCGCCUGGCUGAGUAAAGGACAAAUGACUCUCCUGAGGCUGCCUAGCGAUGGACCCAAUCAUACAGCAUCUCUUACCUCACUGAGAGACAAAACGACUCUCUGUAAACUGCACACGAACUAGCCUGGACUGCUCUCUCUGAUCUAAAACACAAGUUGAUGGAGAAGUAUUUUUUUUUUUUUUUUUAUCUUACUAAUUUUUGUAGUGAAGGUGUUUCAUGGUCACAGUGCCUACAGUGUUUUGUAGACGCUUUCCUGCUCUGGGAAAGGAGGGGAGGGUGUGCAGAGAAGUGAAGAGGGGGUGGAUAUAAGUAUUAUCUUGGGGAAGUGUAUUUUGCUUUUCAGCUAAUGUGUCAGCAUUAUAGUGCCAUUACAUGUUAGACGACGAUGAUUCACUAUCUCUGAACACGUGGACCACAAGGCGAUGGGCAUUCCUUUUUCCUACUUCUGUUAUAUUUUUGUUAUAAUGGCUAAUGGGUAAUCUGCAGAAAAACAUAUCUAAAUGUCAUACAGUGCAUAUCAAAAACAUCUUUUAAAUUCCACAUAAUGAUCAUAUUAAUGGAUUAGGGUUAACACCCCUGAUAAAACCAAAAUCUAUCUGGGACUGUACAAAACUUAUUAGGGUGGGGAAAUUCAACAAAAUGCCAGCCACAUUUUUUCAUGCAAAUAAUGCGCACGUAAAUGUAUUUUUCCAAACUGUUAUUUUCACAUAUAUUUUGCUUCGAAAAGCGCUGUGAUUUUUUUUCUGAACAAGGUAGAUUUUCUAAGCUUUAGCAUCGUGAGCAAAGGCAUCAACCAAUCACAUUGUGCGGGUGAGUUCAGUAUUUAUGAGGAUAUUAAAACAACAAUUCGGAGGCUCGGUAGUCUGAACCAAGAUGUCAAACUUUAUUACUCCUUUCAACCUCGACAAAGGCAGACCAGAUCCACUCCCUCCGUUCUUGCCUUUCACAAUAAGAGCCGUAGACGUCUAAUAUUUGCAGGCAAGUAUUUCACAUUUUUGUGGUAUUUAUUUGUGUGCAGAGGCCUUAAGAGAUACUAAUUGAAAGGCUAAACUUGAUUUAUUAUAAAGGCCAACUUUAUAUGACGCUGCAGGCUAAAGUGACGGAAAGAGACAGUUGGUAUAGAAAACAUUUAAUCACCUUCAUCACUAAAAAUCCACAUUUAUUGUUUCAUAUUCACAUUAUUUGUGUUUGACCUAUUGUUCCUCGUAUCUAGUUGACUAUGAUGGGUAAAAAUUUGCUCUAAAAUAGUGACAGAAGAGGGUUGUCCUAAACCACUUUGUACACUAAAGACAUCACUUUUUUGACCUCCCCUAAUAGUUUUUGGACAGUCCCUUUCGGAGAAAAUUCAUAAAUAAGCAUACUUUCUGGCGGUUUCUACUUAAAAGUAUCUUUCCUCAUAUUAACAUGUCUGAGAUCACUCUCAGACACCUGCUGUGAUGUAUAUGAUAAUUCUUUUGUCAUCAAUUUUUAUGAGCCGAAAGGAAGAGGAACACUGUUUUCCCAUUACCAUAUAUGGGUAAGCUGUGUUUCAGUAGGUUUACUAUGCUUUUACUUUCAACUCCACUAUAUCACAUUAAUAAGGGUCCUAAUCACAGGUCGGCUGGUUAUACUGAAAAAUGUUUCAAUGUUUAAAGAUUGUUUAACUAAUGUGUCUUAGCUGGAUUUAAUGCGGCGUUAUGUUGCAAAUACAUGUUUUAACAAGACUAAACACUUGAAGAAAAGCUGCUUGUUAGAAUGCAAGGAGAGGGCUGCUGAGCAUCAAGUGUGUGUAAAACAGAAGCUCAUGAAUAUGUAUGGGUUACCCAAGAGUAGUCAGAGACUAUGUUCAAACGAGGAGUGAUUGUGUUGGAAGGGUGGCGGAAAAACUUGAAUCAAAGGGCCGGCUCGCAGAACGAUAAACACUGUUCACCGUCUACGAAGGGGAGGGGAACAAACGAGGCUUGUGGGUUUUAAUUAAGUUGUUAUUCUCACACAGGACUGACCCUCACAAGUAUCCGUCUACUGGUAAACACGGUGCGGUGUUGGGACAUCCUCACAGGGACACUGUCAAAUAAAGAAUUGUUGUAUCCGACCUUUUACAGAGGGAUUCUGUCUGUGGUUCUACAUGUGGUGAGCUGUCCGAUAAAACGUCCGCAUGGAAAAGAAAAAAAGAGAUGGUAUCAAAAACCUUUUAAAGAAAUGAUAUUUCAUUGACAUUCUUUUUUUCUCAAUUGGAAAAAUGACACCGCUGUUGCAUCCUAUCAAGAACAUGUAAUUUGUGACAUUCUUUUUAUUAAAGACUAUUCUCUGCUGUGAUACAGUAAAACCGUAGAUUUCGUGAUAUUUUAAGUGUAGUACUGCCUUAUAUACAUUUGAAAAAUCAGCCCAAAGCCUCAUAAUUCCACUGACCAACAGCAUCGUCACAUAGUCCCUCGCCUUUUCACAGAGAUCCCUUUCACAGUGAAGAUUUGUCUUUUGGACCACUGGUGGGUCUAACUUUGCUGCACAAAUACUUACAUCGUAUAUGUUGUAAUGCACAGAAUCAUUAUUUAGAGAGUACUCCACUGAUUUAGCAUUGUACUCCUAAAACACUGUCACAAUGAACAGAUUUUUAAGAUGCAUCAAAAUCUAUUUCCUUUUUUAUUGCACACAAUUGUUAAUCCUUGUCAAAAGCUGGUGCCUACGUUACCCACAUUGCAACUUGACCAACACAAUUUGGGCCAGAGAUUCGGGUGUAUUAUGCUUGUAUCAGCUAAUGUAGCCUCGAGCUGCGAUGAGGAGCUGCAGAGGUCUGGGAAAGCUCACUUCUUUAUAACGCCUCAACAUUAUAAGCAUUGUUUGAUUAUAAGAUCCAUAAGCACCUAACUGAGUUUGUACACAGUUCUGUUGUUACUUCACGCUAGUCUGCUGCUCGACAGUUGGCAGUGGUAAUGCUUAAAGAAAGGGAAAGAGAAAGCUAAUGUGGCUAUAGCAAACACGGAUGUUCACAAUGCAGGAUUUAAAAUACUCAAAAAAAAAAUGACUUUGCAAAUGUUUCAUGUGGAAGAAAAUGCCACACAUUUGUUUAGAACUCAAUAUAUUUGGUGAGGAAAAUUUAAUUUAUAAUUUUUUUUUGUUUGAUCAAAGGGAAAUUCCACAGGGUGACUUUAAACCUGUUUUUUGUUGCUGAUCUUUUCUUUUCCAGUUGCUAAGCACUUAUUCAUAUGAGUUUGAAUUAGGAUUGUUCUGCAAAAAAGUCAAAACAUAGAUUCAUCUAUGGCUUGAAGCCCUAAACGCAAAAAAUAUCUGGGUUGCAGUUGAGAAUACACAAGUACAAGCCAUUCAUUGGCAAGUGCAGUGCUGUACAGAGAGUUCCUGGAGGACAUGACCCUUUACUCCUCUUUCUUGGGGUGUAGACAUUUUCAUGAUAUGAUCACAAACAUCACUUUUCUUUUAAACUAAUCCAUCUCCUUCCCUUUAGAAUCCUCCCGACGGUGGAGGAAUUGAAUCGUACUAUACCUCGAGGCUGGUAAUCACAGCGAUGACGUAGGAAGCGUAGGAAGUGGGUUUAUCUUAUUGAGAUGCAGCCAAAGUGCAGUGCGUCUGUUCUUAUGUUCGUUUCUGUCCUUGCCUUAGUCAGCAGUAAGGCCUUAUCUAUCAGUGUCACAGCA